AUGGAGCCAGCACUACCUGCGGCGGCGCCUCUGACGCAGGCACAGAGGGACUUCUUUCUAGAGCGCGGGUACUUGAAACUACAGGGGUGCUUCACCCGGGCGCAGGCCGCUGACGCAACGGCGGACGUGUGGACGCGGCUCGGUAUGUCGGCGACGGACCGGCGGACCUGGACGCGCGAGCGCGUGCACAUGCCGUCGCACCGGACCUUCGACUGCGCGACUUUCGCGCCGCGGGCUUGGGCCGCCAUCUGCGAGCUGUGUGGUGGAGAAGACCGGCUCGACCCGGCCUCGCGGCAGUGGCGCGACUCGUUCAUCGUCAAUCUAGGGCCGCCUUUCCCAGAGCAGGGAGAGGAGAGGGAUGAAGAGGAAGGCGAAGAGAGGAAUGGAGAGCCGGAGCCGCCGCACCACCGCGAUCUCGACAACUGGCACGUCGACGGCGACUUCUUCGUGCACUACCUCGACAGUCCUGAGCAGGCACUCCUGGUGAUCCCGCUGUUCUCGGACGUGCUGCCGCGUGGCGGCGGUGCGACGGUGUUGUGCCCGUCGGCGCUCGACGCCGUGGCGCGCCAUCUGCGCGCACACCCAGAGGGUGUGUCGCCGCGGAUGGCGACGCGGGCGGAGGGGGCCGAGUUCGCGCGCGAGAGUAGCCUCGCGUGGUACAGGGAGGUAGUGAGGGCAUGCACUGAGGGGGAUGGGGAGGGGUUUGUCGAGGCGACGGGCCGUGUAGGCGACGUGUACCUGCUGCAUCCCCUAAUGGUGCACUCGGCGGGGCGCAAUACGCGGCGCGCCGUGCGCAUCAUCACGAACCCGCCAGUAGCGCUACGUGAGCCGUUCCGGUUCAACCGCGUGGACCCGGCGGAGCACAGUCUCGUCGAGAGGAAGACGAUGAUGGCGGCAACGGGGCCCGGCGACGGGAUCGAGGCGCUGCGGGGCUGGAAGAUCACGAUGCCCCGCGAGAGGCUGACUCCAGAGCCCCCUGAGCUGACCCUCAUCGUCGCCGCGACGCGCAGCAUGGGAAUUGGGCGCCGCGGCGGCUUGCCGUGGACCGAUCUGCGGAAGGAGAUGGCUUACUUCGCGCGCGUGACCAAGCGCCCUGCCGCCAGCGAUAGCGCCAGAAGUGCUGCAGCCCCUCCCCUAAAUGUCGUCGUCAUGGGCCGCAAAACCUGGGAUAGCAUCCCGCCGCGCUUCCGCCCGUUACGGGGCCGCCUCAAUCUCGUCGUCAGCCGCUCCGCCUCCACCUCCUCGCCCCCGCCGGAAGGGCCAGAAGGUCCCGUCUUCGUGGCUUCCCUCGAGAAUGCCCUCGACUAUCUGACCGUUCCCUCAGACGACCACGGCAUAAGCGCGCACGCUCCGCCAUCGCCUAGGAGAGUCUUCGUCAUCGGCGGCGCGCAGAUCUACGCUGCCGCCCUGCGACUCCCGGGCGCGCGGCGCGUGCUGCUGACGCGUGUCCUCGAACCUGAAUACGAAUGCGACGUCUCCUUCCCGCUGGCGCUGGCCGACGGUGGCGGCAGCGGAUGGGUGCGCAGGUCCAAGGAAGAGCUCGACGCGUGGACCGGAGAGGCCGUGCCCGAGGGGGUGCAAGAGGAGGGCGAGACGCGGUAUGAGUUCCAGAUGUGGGAGAAGACCGAUUGA